AUGUCGUACACGGCCCCUCCGCAACGCAUCACUUUCGAUGGCUUUCUCUUCGACAUGGACGGCACCAUCAUCGACUCAACAGACGCCGUCGUGAAGCACUGGAACACAGUAGGCAAUGAGAUUGGAGUAUCACCCGAGGUUAUCCUCGAGACGUCUCACGGCCGCCGGAGCAUCGACAUCUUGAAGAUUUUGGCCCCCGAAAAAGCAAACUGGGAAUACACCCGUGAGAUGGAGGGCCGCCUUCCGAAACUGUAUGGCGAGGACGCCGUCGAGAUCCCGGGAGCGAGGGCGCUCCUCGACGCCCUGAUCAAGGAGAAGGCUCCCUGGGCCAUUGUGACGUCGGGAACCGAGCCCCUCGUCGGCGGAUGGCUCAAUGUCCUGGGCCUGCCGACGCCGGAGCACCUUGUCACCGCCGAGUCCGUCGAGAACGGCAAGCCGGACCCGACCUGCUACCGGAUCGGCCGGGACAAGCUCGGGUUGCAGGACGCGUCCAAGCAGGUCCUGGUCUUUGAGGACAGCCCGGCGGGAAUCAAGGCUGGCAAGGACGCCGGUUGCAAGGUGCUGGGACUCGUCACAAGCCACACCGUUGAGCAGGUUGUGAACGCUGAGCCGGACUGGAUCGUCCAAGACCUGGAUUCAGUCAGGGUCGUUGAAGUCAAGGGGGGUUCCGUCACCUUGGAGUUCUCCAACGCCCUGGUUUCGAAACCUACGGCGUGA